UCUCCGCGACAGCCUGCACACCGCUCGCGUUAUUAAUAAUUCACCAACUCGACGCUGCCGGCUGAAGCACCGGCCCCCACCUUCAUAGUAAACAAUUGCCCUAAUUUUGGGUCUAGUAUCAUUUUGUGCGUGUAAACAGGGUGCAGCGUGGUGAGGUGAGCUCUUUUGUGGCUGAUUUUGUUUUUGGGGAGGGAGGUCGACUAUCUGUCGUCGCUGUCGGAGCGCACGGAGAUCUUCCAUUUUACGCACCGAGGCACCCAGAGCUCCGCUGAAGCCCAGACCGGCUGUGUGUAGGCAUUCUGCUAUCGGCAAAGCUAUAGCGAUUUGAAGAACCAAACGCAAGCUGCUCUUUCAUCUCGUCAGCUUUGAGGAGGAGGCGGCGAGGGACCAGGGGUGUCCCCCCGUGUGAGUGUGUAUGUGUGUGUAUGCGUGCGUGCGUGUGUGUGUGUGUCUGCGUGUAUGUGUGUGUCUAUUUGGAACAAGAGAGGAGAGAGAGAGAGAGAGAGAUACGAGGGUAAAACAGAACGGACGCACGGCGCAGGAGAGAUCCGCUUUUGGACACGUUUUGGAGACAGAAGCUGCCCGGCUGCGACGGCUGCACACGGAAGAAAUAAUAUAAACAAAACUUACUUUCUUCUCACUCCCCCGUCCAUUGAUUUUUAAAAUUACUAUUUCGGGGGCAGUUUUGGCCUCUCCCAAUCUGUUGGACAAGUUUGGCCGCUGAAGGACGCACCUCGGGACUUUGACGCAGACGUCUCCCCGACUUCUUGCUGCUGGACAUGGGCGCAUCUGAGGCCAAACGCCCCGAACAACAGCGGUAGACGGAGGGCUCGGAGCUACUGUCCUCUUUUUCUCCCAUCUCUUGCAGAGUGGACCCACUUUUGAGAGAGCGUUUUUUUUCUUUCUGGGCCUAAGGCCGACUCGUUUAAAGGUCCUUUUUUUGCUUCCGGCAACAGCGAAGAGACCAAGUCGUCCUCCCUCAGCCCUCACUCCCUCUCUCACUUUUUUGGAAGCUGAACUUUUAAAGGAAAAUGGGGCAUUGAGAGGGUUGGCAAAUCUCCCCACGCUAUAAUGGCUACCGACACCUACCUGGUGAAUGACGAUCCUUCUAGAGGUCCAGGAAUGCCCGAAUGUUUCCUAGUGUCUGAUACCUACAGGGAUGAAUUCCACCCCUUCAUCGAGGCCCUGCUGCCCCACGUCCGCGCCUUCGCCUACACCUGGUUCAACCUGCAGGCCCGCAAGCGCAAGUACUUCAAGAAACACGAGAAGCGCAUGUCCAAGGAGGAAGAACGCGCGGUAAAGGACGAGCUGCUGGGGGAGAAGCCAGAGAUCAAGCAGAAGUGGGCCUCGCGCCUGCUGGCCAAGCUCCGCAAGGACAUCCGGCCUGAGUUCCGUGAGGACUUUGUGCUCACCAUCACGGGGAAGAAGCCCCCCUGCUGCGUGCUGUCCAACCCCGACCAGAAGGGCAAGAUCCGCCGCAUCGACUGCCUGCGCCAGGCCGACAAGGUGUGGCGGCUGGACCUGGUGAUGGUCAUCCUGUUCAAGGGCAGCCCCCUGGAGAGCACGGACGGGGAGCGGCUGGUCAAGUCGCCCCAGUGCUCCAACCACGGCCUGUGUGUCCAGCCGCACCACAUCGGAGUGUCCGUGAAGGAGCUGGACCUCUACCUGGCCUACUUCGUCCACACGCCAGAAUCUGGACAAUCAGACAGCUCCAGCCAACAGGGGGACACAGACAUCAAACCACCGCCCAAUGGGCACCUGAGUUUCCAGGACUGCUUUGUCACUUCAGGGGUGUGGAACGUGGCAGAGCUGGUCAGAGUGUCACAGACUCCUGUAGCCACGGCGUCAGGUCCUAACUUCUCAUUAGCUGACCUGGACAGCAGUCCUGGCUACUACAACAUCAACCAGGUGGCCCUGGGGCGACGCUCCCUUGCCUCCCCUCCUUCCACCAGGUCUGAGGUGGAGUUGUACGCAAACCUUCCACGGAGCUCCACCAAGAGGAAGUCGUUAGACGACAGCGAGCUGGAGAGCCCCACAGACGACGUUUUCUAUCCCGGACGCUCGCCUGCCGCCAGCUCCUCCCAGUCCAGUGGGUGGCCCAACGACAUGGAUGCAGUGCAGCACCAUUUGGCGAGUGUGCAGGAGAGGAAGAUAAAACAUGAAAACGAUGGCGUGCAGUUUCCUUACCAUGGACUGUCCUCGCCUGGUUCUCUUAAGAAGCCGGGGAAGUUUGAUUUCAACGCCCUGUCUUCCCAGACGAGGUCCCCCCGCAUGGCGUUCACACACCACCCGCUGCCUGUGCUGGCAGGAGUCAGACCAGGGAGUCCCCGUGCCUCAGCCUCGGCCCUGCACUUCCCCUCCUCCUCUAUCAUCCAGCAGUCCAGCCCCUACUUCACCCACCCCACCAUACGCUACCAUCACCACCAGGACCCGCUCAAGGAGUUCGUGCAGUUUGUCUGCACCGAUGGCGCGGGACAGCCCAGCGCACAGCCUAAUGGAGGUGGCCAGAGCAAAAUGCCGGGCUCCUUCCUGCUGCCCCCGCCACCCCCGGUGGCACGCCCUGUGCCCCUCCCCAUGCCCGACUCUAAACCCAUCAGCACGCCCACUGACGGCGGACUCAGCUCACCCGCAUCUCCGUCAUACUCCACGCCAGGCUCCACAGCUCCCAACCGGUUUGUCGGCAUCGGAGCACGGGACAACUUUCUGAAUAUCCCCCAGCAGACUCAGUCCUGGUUCCUCUGACAAGGCCUCUCUGAAUCAACAGCUAAAAUUGUGUCAUGAAAAUUGGAAACAGAAAAAACAAACAAACAUAUACAUCAUCGCUGAUUAAGAACAGACUGCUGACACUAAAAGGUCUUUCUCUCUCGCCGACACUAUUCAAACUACUACUACAGAACCCUCCCCCGAACCCAUCCCACCUGAAGAGGACUCCCACUUCAACACAAUUUGAACAGGAACGUUCGACCCCCUCCCCGCCCCCCCUUUUACGCAGGAGGCUUCAAUGAGAUUGAGUGGACAGGCUCAGAAUGCAAGGAGGAAGAGGAGGAAGAGGAAGAUGAGGAACUGUCUCACACACACCGUACAAUGUCAGAAAGCAAAACACAACAUGGCAACCUGACAAAUGACCAAUUCUACAUUUGUUGGUUCUUUUUUUAUUAUUAUUAUUAUUUUUUUUUUUAAUUUUCGCCACAAUGAAACUCCAUGCAUUGGCUGGGAGAUCCAAGUACAUAAAAAAGAACACGAAAUGGUAAUGGUAGAGUCGGAUGUGUUAAGUUGAAAAGAUUUCCACCCAAAUUGCACACCCUCAUGUCUGUGUAUUUUCUCCAAGCACUUGUCCUGCAGGUGCAUGCCACCUCCACCCCACUCCUUCACCUCCCCCUCACCCCUUCACCUGUAGCACAGUGCUAGCCAGGGGCCAGGCCACACCCACAGCCUCAUUCCCAUCUGUCACCACACUCUACCGCUUGAUUCGCUCAGCCCCGAACCGCUUCAUUUCAGAUUGGCCAAUCAUGGAGACACCAUCCGAUGGUGUGACAUAUGCACUAAAGUGGCUGGUCUUUGUUUACCUGUCAGGGCGUCCUGCUGUGAGAGAAGUGAUAGCCAUGAGCCGAGAGUGAGCGAGUGAACGCGCGACGGACAGUCAUAACACUAACACUACUAUGUGCUCUUUCGUCCCCUCACCUAUGCACUAUUUGAAUUUAAUAAGGGAUGAACAGUAUUGCACAUCGAUGGUCAGACAAGAGCGACUAGAGAAGUGAGUCAGGGCUGGCUGGCAUUUACAUGGGUGCGGCUGUGCUAACAUUCAAGUCUAGGCCCUGAAACAUGCAGCACAUGCAUGAGCAUACAAACACACACACACACACACACAUGCACAUUAACACAUUUACACACACAUGCAUACACACCAUCCUCUCCAGAACAGUCUGUCACACAAUCACUCAUAAUAUCAUCUUCUUAUUAUUCAUAGGCAUGGAAUUUAUUACAGUAAUUGAAUUACAUUUAAUUUACAGUAAUGCACACACAGCACCAGCAUCAUAUUAUUAGGUUUCAUUUUGUUUGUAGGUGUUUUCUUGCUUUUUUUUUUUCUUUUUUUCUUUUUGUUUGCCAGAUUGGUUUUGGUUUUGUCUCACUUGGAUUCCUUCAUGUUUUAACCUUCUCUUGCAUGUCAUAACGCUUUCCUUAGUUUGCAGUAAUACAUUAAGUAGUCAUGCUCAGAUUUCAUCUAACCGAACAGCAAUCUCUCAAAUCUCUCACAAACGACAGCACAGUAACGACAGUUCAUCACGUACAUCCCUUGCAUUGCUUCACCCUGUAUCCGUAGUCCAGUCACAGAAAAACCCAGAGGAACACACACACACAUACACAUACAUAGACACACACUUGCACCACAGCACCACAUAAAAAUGCACACUAACACCACCAACACCCUGAUAUAAAGUAAUAAAGGGAAGCCUUUAUAUUUGGUUCUCCAAAAUGCCUUUGUUAAUGGUUUUUCAUUCACUUGAGAUUUGUCAUUUUAAUUUGAGAUAUUUUUUCUAUGUAAGUGUUCUCAUUAAAAUUGUUAUUGGUAUUAUUUUCAUCAUGACACAAUCUUUCCAAAAAACAAAAAACAAAAAAAAAAAGCCGACCUCACAAAAUAACUGGACUGCCUAGCUGUUGGUUCUAUUUUGCAGGGAUAGUAAACAGGGCUGAGACCCUGUGCUCAGCCUCUCUAGUAACAUUAGCUCUAUGUACUAAAACCAUAUAUCAAGACUAUAACAAUCUAUGAAAGUGCCUCUGUAUUCCCUUCAUGCAAUUAGUAAUAAACUUGACUUCAGGUUCUGUUCCCACAUAUAAGCUAAAGCUACAGGGAAUGGUAGCAUCAGUGCAUGUGGAAACCAUUGGCCUAGGACAGAUCUUUAUAGAGGACUGCAAACCUUUUUUUGUAAAGACAGAGAGAGAGAGAGAUCUUAUACAUAUAUAUUUAUGAUAUAUGCUCCUUUUUAACUUUUACUAAAUGAGCUGGUUGGCAGUCUAGUUAUUUUCUGAACUCUCACCUGUCCCCACCCCACCCCAUUUCAGUAACAUGACUUCACUGUUACCAGUACGAUUCAACGACACACGCCAACGCAAUCUACAGCGCAGCAUUCUGAUACCAAGAUGAUCAUGUCAAAAAUCGACAGUAGAUUUGAAGAAAAAAAAAAGUGUUUGUUUUUUGAUGGAAAGUAUUAUUAUUGAAAAAUAUGUGUCGAUUGAGCCACGUGCAAUGCAUUGGGUAGAUCAUUGUGUUUGUCUGUUAGAGAUUUUUAAGAAAGCUAAGAGAAAAGAGAAAAAAAAAUCUAUUUGUUUCAAGUCCAUAAGCUCCGGGACUCUAAACUAGAGGGCCAUGAAAAAUCCUAGUCUUUGUAAGUUGGGGGUUAUUUGUUUUUAUUUCCUUUGUCUCUUUUUUAAUGUUUUAUGUGUAAUCAUUUGUUUAUAAAAAUGUGGGAGGGCUGAAGGAAAAAAAAUUCUACACAACAUCAAAAAAAAAAUCCUAUAUCAUGAGAUAAAACUGGUGCUUUUACACUAUAAAGUACAUUCAAAACUAUUAUAAAUGAAUGGUAAUGAACAAAAUAACAGACCAUUUAGGAAACAGCAUUAUUCCUCUCUCUAUUUGUAUUCUUCUAUUUGUAUUGAGUGGGGGGAGGGGUUCCUAUUCCUUAAGGUUGUGACACAAAAGGCAUUUUGGUUCAACCUUUAGAAAAAA